AAAACGUAUUGUGAAAUUUUAUUAUGAAACGUUAUUAUGAAUGUCACAUAUUCUCAUUGUAUUUUCCAUAUGUAAUUAUGUUUGUUUUUUUAAUUUGCUUGCAAGUUGUAUUUCUGCCAUCCUUCUUACUUUUUUCGCUGUGUAUGUAAACUGAUAGCUUUUUAUCUUUUAUAGUUUGUCCUGAAGAAAGAGCUCUUUUUUAUAUAACGCCCUCCUGUGACGCAAUUUUCCUGCGACAGAGAAAAAACACAGCCAGUUGUUUCACGUGUAUUGAAGUUUUUCAAGGUUGUAAAUGUUUAUACAAAUUAUAGCGGAUUUCUAAAAACCAUGUUUAGGCUAUUACAAGUGCCUGUAUUCAGAUUUCCUGCUUCUAGGCGUUUAAAAUGUGUUUUAACAACGAGAGAUCAACAGUAUAGAGGCUUAGAAUGGAGGCAUUUCUCUCAGUCCUCACUUUACUUUGACCUGGUUUCCGAAAAAAAGCAGCAAACUUUUUAUAUAUUUAAGAACUGGACAUCUAUGAAUGGGGCGUUAAGAUUUCACAGCACUGAGGAGAAAUCUCAAAAGGGGCGUAAAGCAACAUCAGAGACCUACUCAUCUGUUGAACCUGACAAAGAUGAAGAAUUUGUCUUCCUGGACUAUUGUGAAUCCAUGGACCACGGAGAAGAUCCUUUUCCUGAACAGCUUCAGAUCACAGACUCCAUGAAAGCAAAAGAGGACAAGCCACCUAGAAAGACUAUAACAGAACUGCAGCAAAAAGCUCUGGAGCUGCAGCUGAGAUCUUUAAAAGAUGUUGGAGAUCAGAACAUGAACCUGGAGGAUUGCAUUGAAUUCCAUGAUGAAGGGUUUCCACUUGAACGAUCCAAGAAGAAGAAGAAGAUUAAGCAGGAGCAGAAGAUCUACGGAACGCCAGAUGCUGAGAUGCCGAUCAGUGACAUCUCCUGCUCAGGCUGUGGUGCUGUAAUGCACUGCAUGGCUCCUGACGUUCCUGGUUACCUUCCUAGUGAGAAAUAUAAGCAAUUAAUCGAAGAAGAGAAACUCAAGAAAGCGAUAUGUCAGCGUUGUUUUCUGCUCACACACCACCAGAAGGCUUUGAAUGUCACCAUGUCGAAGGAAGAGUACAGGAAAAUUGUGAGUAGAAUCAAAUAUGAGAAAGCUUUGGUGCUACUCAUUGUGGAUCUCCUCGAUCUUCCAGACUCAAUUGUACCUGACCUGCCACAGCUCGUCGGCAAAAACAAGCACAUCAUUAUUUUAGGGAAUAAAGUGGACCUGCUGCCUGGAGAUUCCCAGAAUUACCUGCAGAGGAUCAGGAGGCAGCUGGCCCAGCAUUGCACCGAUGCUGGAAUUCCCACCCGAGAUUCCAAGGAUGUUCAUCUGAUAAGUGCUAAAACGGGAUAUGGGAUCGAGAACCUGAUCACAAAGCUUCAGGCAUCAUGGAAGUAUAAAGGAGACGUGUAUUUGGUUGGUACUGCCAAUGCUGGCAAGUCCACAUUGUUUAACACUCUUCUGGAGUCUGAUUACUGUAAAUCCAGAGCAUCUGAUGUGAUCCAUAAAGCCACAAUAUCCCCAUGGCCUGGGACAACACUGAACCUCCUGAAGUUCCCCAUCAUCAACCCGACACCGUACCGGCUGUUUAGACGUGCAGAGCGACUACGACUGGCGGCGCAACAGACCGAGGACGAUCUCGAUCCUGAAGAGCUCAGGAGAAUCCAGCAUUUCCGUAAACAGGGCUACUUGAUCGGUCGUGUUGGGAGAACGUUCCGGAUGCAGUCUUCUAGAAAAGACCUUGUGGAGUUCGACCCAGACAGCCUCAGCUUCAGCGAGGACCUGAAUGAAGACAACGUGGGCAGACCGAGCUCUGAGGAAGAACCCGAGGCUGAAUUUACAUACAACGAAAUUAAAGAUGCUCACUGGUUCUACGACACACCGGGCAUCAUGAAAGAACGUGACAUUCUCAGCCUGCUGAACGAACAGGAAGUGAAGCUUGUGCUGCCGACGCACGCCAUCACACCCAGGACGUUUAUACUGAAGCCGGGGAUGGUGUUAUUCCUCGGAGCGUUGGCACGGAUUGAUUAUCUGGAAGGAAAUCAGCCAUGCUGGUUUACCGUCUUGGCUUCGUCUCAAAUCCCAGUCCACAUCACUAGUUUGGACAAAGCCGACUCCACGUACCAGAAACAUGCCGGGAAAACGCUACUCGCUGUGCCAACAGGUGGAGAGGAACGAAUGAAGGUGUUUCCAACUUUCGUGUCUCAAGACUUUGAGCUCAAGGGCCGAGGACUGGACACAGCGGUGACUGACAUCAAACUAUCCUCAGCAGGUUGGAUCGCUGUAACAGCGGCGGAGUCGGAGCGCCUCCUGCUGAGAGGCCACGCCCCCAAUGAGACAGGGCUUUGUUUACGAGACCCGCCUCUCCUCCCACAUAUCGUCAACGUGAAGGGGCCUCGAAUUCGCAAAUCUCUUGCCUACAGGACGAAAAAACCCCAAGCCCUGCUGGAUGCGAAUCCUUCUGGCCAGAGACAGAAGAUGAAAUAAUGAGUCUUUCAAUAAAAAUAAUAACUAAUUAAAAUAAUAGUAAUAAUAAUUAUUUACACUGCAGUGCAAAGAUGCUUAACAGGGUUGUGAAAGAACCAUGCUGUGUGAUGACAUACUAAACGAUAAUCCACAUAUACAUCUGAUAUGACUGAGUACGAAAUUUAGCACCCCCCCCCCCAUAUUUACUAUUGCGCUAUAUUAGUGCCUAAUGUAGGGGGUGUUCAAUAUAUCACCAUGUUGUUUGAAGUGUGAGUGAAAUGUGGUUUUGACAAACUGUUAUUUUAACAUUUUAAGUUCAUGUCAUGAAAUUAGCACAGAUGCCAGAGCGAUAAACCACCUGAUGUUGUAUAAUUCUUCGAAUCUGAAGGAAAAAUGAACAUGUACAUCAAAUAUGUUUGUAUUAACGGAGGUUGUAUUGAUUACAUUGUAUUGUAUUGAGUUGGUGAACUGAUUGUAAUUAUAGGAUGUAAAUUAAAUAUGUCUGCAUUGUAUGCUGUUUCUAUACAAUGGAAUUAUUGAAUGUUUGAUUUAUUCAUCUGUUAUUUAGCAUUCAUAUUAAACAUAUGUAAAUAA